AUGGGAAUAAACAUAAUAUGCUUCAUUGUUACAGGGUCAACCACAGGUGGUGAGCUACUGUCAGAUCUACAUAGUCGUCAUAUGAUGGAACGUGAAUACCUGCUGUCAAAACUACGAAUGGAAAAUGAUAAGACAUUGAAUAAUGCUGAAAUCAUAACUGUGUAUGUCCAAAUUAUCCGACAACAAAAGUAUGCAGAGAGUGAAGCUUUGUUUGAAAAUUCCAGCAUUGCUGUCGGAAUCGCUGAAAGACCUCAGUUAUUCAAAAGUUCAAAGUUCGACAGCGAUCGUAACAGGCAAGAGAAGCUAGCAAUUGAAAGAUUACAGAACUGGAAAAAAAGAAAAGUACAGAGAUUUGAAGAUGAAAGCAUCACAGAUAAUAAAAAUAAAGGAAUCGUUGAGUUACAAGUAGAUGUCAUCAAAAUAGCUGUACGAAAACACACUCACGAAAGGGAGAUCCUUAUCACUAUGCUGCAAGGUAAAGAAAGUUCAAGCGCUAAAACCGCUGGAAGACGACUAAACAAAGAACAACGUGAGAAGAGACUUAAAGAACUGUGUGGACAGAGAUCUGAUUGGCGAGAGUCGUCAUCUCAAUACAUGAUAUCUAAACGUAACUUACAUCGACGCUUACUGCAAGAAGGUGUUGGAAUUUACCAAGAAGUCAGACGUGAAGAAAUUAAGAAUGGUCAUAACCUGGAUGAUUUAUUGAUUUCUGCCAAUGUAUUAGCUGAUUUACAACAAAAACAAGACCGAGAAAUCAACCUCCUUUUGACAAAUAUGCAGAAUAAGAGUGCAUCAGAGUUGAGGGAUAUUAAGCGGUCAGAGGAAAGGGCUGUUGUAGAAGAGUGGUUAGAUAAUGUAUCAUCUGUUGUUUUGGGCACAUUUGAUUUAUCACAAGAAGAAAGGGAACUCAUAAAAGCAUUGGAAAAUAAGUAUGAUGUCAUCAGAGACAAAUUGUUAACAGAAACUCUCAAAAGACACUAUGGAGCAGAUGCAUGGAAGGAUAUGCUAGAAAACGAACAACAAAGACUUCUCUCCAAAAAGAAAUUGGAGGAAAGAAGUCUACGACAGGAAGGAAAGUUGGAUGAAAUGGCAGCCUUGGUUGGAGAUUUCGGAAAGAAUGAGUUCAAUUUAGAAGAAUUGAUGGGAAGGAUUCAAACUGAAUAUCAUCAGAAAUAUUUAGAAAAACAAUCCAGAAUACAGAAAGAAGAUGAGGAUGUUACUGAUUAUGAAAUAGAAGAGCCGUUAGCAGUGAAAAAAAUUGGUAAUCCUCUCGGCGACUUACAGUAUAGAUUCAGUGAGGAUAUGGACGCAUUGAUGGGCAAGCUGAAAGGAGAAGAAGGUGUGUUCUUGCGUGAACAGGGAAGGAUACAGUUGCUACAGCGAUGGAAGAGGCAGAGGAACCGAGCUGAGAAGGAAGAGAAAUUCUUAGAUACUGUUUUGAUGGUUGGACUUGCUGAGAGGAUUCCUAUAAAUAUAGAUAUGAGAGUCAAGAAAGACAAAACUCGUAACUUUCAACUUGCGAGAGAGAGAUAUUCCAAUAGAGAACACCGGAAGAGCCAAGGGUUGUAUGAUGAGCUAGAAUUUGAUAACCAUGUAUUGCCACCUAAAGGUGAGCUGGAAACAUGGAAGGAAUCCAUGAUGAUAGAAGUCGAUAAACGACACAGAAUGGAGCGUAAUUUGAUGAUGAGUAUUUUAACAGACAAAGGCAGCGAAGAGUUGAGAGAAGUGGCCAGGUCUAUGCCAGAUGAUGAGAGACAAAAGCGAUUAGCCGAAUUGAAGCGCAAGAGAGAAGGGUUAGAGUUGGACAGCAAAGAUGAUCAAGAGCAGAAUUUAGAUAUCUUGGAGGAGAGUGGUGCCAUUAAAAGUGUGGUACGGAGACUAGUGAUGGAAGAAGAGGCCCAAGGCAAGAUAGUCAGUCACGGUGAGAUUGUGGUCUCUCUGCUGGCUGAACUCCAAGAAGAACAGGAAAGAGAAGGCGAGAGAAUAUUUCUCAGUUUGGAUGGAAAGACAGAGGAUGAUAUUUCCGGGAUGCGAUAUGAUCAGAUAACAAGACGUAAGAUAGACAGAGGUGAUAAUAUCAUGGAAAUAUUCUCAAUGUAUGAAGGUGCAGGACAAGAAGAUGAACUAAUCAAGGCUUUGGAGGAGAAAUAUGAUGUUUUAAAAGAUAGGUUACUAUGUGAUGCCCUGAGGAGACAAAUGAGUGAGGAAGAUUGGUUAAAUCUGAGUGAUGAGGAGAAAAAGAGAAGACUGCUGAAACUAAAAUUAGAAGAAAGGAGAUUGCAAAGAGAUGGAAAGCAUGAUGCAUUAGUUACAUUACUGGGGGACAAUUUCCACAUUCAAGGCAAUGUUAGUUCCUUGAUGGGAGAACAUCAAUCCAAAUAUAAACAAAAACUGAUAAAAAGACUUGCAAAGAAGAAACCAGAUGUUGCUGAAAAUGAUGGGAUACUAGAAGAUGAAGGAGAGCGAAAAAAGAAAUCUACCAAUACUCUGCUGGAACUGCAUGAUAGAUACAGAGAUGAACGAGAUGUAUUGAUGACAAACUUACGUGACCCUCAGGCUCUGAUGAACAAGAAAGAACGACAAGCAUGUUUGAUAAAACUCAAACGAGAGAAACAAAAAGCUGAGAGGGAAGAAGGAUUUGAAGCAGCCGCUCUGGCGGUCGGUUUAGCCGAACGCAAACAAUCACAAUUUGCUGAGAGAUUACAGCAUGAUAGGGAAAGACAAGAAGACCUAGCUAGAAGAAGAAUAACAUUUUUGCGCAAGAAAAAAACAGAAAUCCAAUCAGAGGAUGAUCAGCUUGUGAAUAGUGGCAAUCGAGCUGAUAUGCAGGAUGCUGUUCUACGAGCACUUGAAAACAAGCAUGCAGUGGAGCGACAAGUGUUACUGGAGAUAUUACAGCAAGAUGGAUACCAGCAAUUUAGAGAAUUUGCAAGGAUCAUGACAGAAGUACAAAGGCAGGACAAGCUGGAUGAGUUGGUACUGAACAAACAAGAAUUAGACUCUGGUAAGAACGGUUUAUCUUGUAUUUAUUAA